GGCAGCCAUCAUCAGAUACGGGGAGUUCAUCUGUGGAGGGUCGCUCAUCCAUAAUAUGUUUAUAUUGACGGCCGCACACUGCGUGCAAGGGUUUGAGGACGUGCCGGAUUUCUUCACAGUGCGACUUGGCAGUUCGGCCUACGAAACGAGCACGGUGUCCCUCGUGGAGCGCAUCAUCGUGCACCCUCGCUACUCGUCGGCGACGUUUCAGAAUGACGUCGCACUGCUGCAGCUGAUGGCUCCGGUCACGUACACGGACAGCAUCAAGCCGGCCGUACUCGCGCCCAUCACCAUAAACACGGGCAAGCGAGCAGAGGCGGCAGAGUAUGCGGGCAUGGAGGCAACCGUCAGCGGCUGGGGAAGGACCGACGUGAAGGCGACAGCCGACGUACUGCAGAAGAUAGACCUGACCAUGCUCAGCAACGACGACUGCCGCGACUACUACUCCCGCAAUUCCAUCAAGAGCUCAAUGCUGUGCGCGGGCCGCCUCACCGAUGACGUCUACUCCGGACCCUGCUACGGCGACUCUGGCGGGCCGAUGGUGACGUCACUGAGCGGACUUCCCGUGCAGGUUGGUAUCGUGUCGUGGGGAGAGGGCUGCCUAAGACCCUACCCUUCGGUGUUCACCCGCGUCUCCUCGUUCAGAGAAUGGAUAUCGGCCGCCAUAGUCGACGCGCUCGUCGCAGGAUAGUUGUCCGCCAUCUUUGAGUCACUGGUGGAGUGGUGGACAUCAGCCAUUGUUGAGUGACGCACUGUAUGAGGGGUUGACAACUGCGCAAGACAUUUAUGACAUCGCCUGUUCUUGGAACUAUAACUAUAUAUAUAUAUAUAUAUAUAUAUAGAGAGAGAGAGAGAGAGAGAGAGAGA